UGAUUAAUGCUUUUUUACAUUUUUACCCUUGAUUCCUAUCAUUAACUUCCUAGCUGAUCCAGAAGGUCAUUUGUUUACUUUAUUUUUGUGAUCAAUUGGAUCAUAUCAGUAACAUGCUGUGCUUAUACUAAUUGUGCUUUUGAUAUCACUGUUGACGUGUCUAAAACUAAUUUCUUAUUUAUCCGAAUUUCCUUUUUUAUCUUGUACAAAACAGUAGAAAUACAGUAUUGUUUCUUUCUUUAUAUAUAAUGGAUCAUUACUUGCAUGAAGACAUCUCACCACCUGCUACACCUCCUAGCUUCUUUGUUUCUUCCUCUUCUUCUAAUAAUAAUAACGCCUCUGUCCAUUCUUCAGUUAUAAAUGCUUUGACUUAUAACCACAGCAGUAGUAGUAUCAGCAACCGAUUGGCAAGGAAACUACGAGCCUCUUUUAGUGAAAUAAACGAAGAUAUUAAUGAAGAGCAACUAAACCACUUGCGUCAACUGAAGCAUGCCUUUCAACAGCUCUCCCCACAGCAAAAGCAGCUGCUAUUAGCCGAACUGGUCAACUGCUGUGAUAACAGCCAGCUGAACUAUUUAAAUGAUCUUAUUGCACCCCGUCUUAAAAUUGACUUUUUGAAAGAACUGCCUAUCGAGAUAUCCCUACACAUCUUGACAUUUAUUGAUGAUCCCAAAACACUGGCAAGAGCUGCUUGCGUAUCCACGUUCUGGAACUCAUUAUUAAAGGAUGAAGCAACGUGGAAAGCGCUUUGUAUGAAGCAUCAGUAUCGCCGACGUAACUCAAGUAUAUGCGGCGGAGAACUGUUAGAACCACCGAGUCAACGCCGAAACUUUUCUUAUCGAGAAUAUUUUAAACGUAAAUAUAAUGUCGCCUCUGCUUGGGCUCAUGGUGGAAAAGUAAAAGUGGUGGAAGAAGGGUUUGGUGAAGGAUUGGUCACUUCCUUGCAGUAUGACGAAAGAUUUAUCGUCGUCGGCUGUGAUAAUCAUCGAAUAGAAGUUUUUGAUACAAACACCGCCGAGAAGGUGCGGACUUUGCGUGGUCAUGAAGGAGGUGUAUGGGCAUUGCAGUUCAAGGGGGGCGAGAAAAACGACCCAGAGCGUAUCCUCGUUAGUGGAGGAUGUGAUAGAGAUGUAAGAGUCUGGAACUUGGAUACUGGAGAAUUACUUCAUAUACUUCGUGGCCAUAAUUCAACUGUGAGAUGUCUAAAGAUGAAAGAUAAAAGAAUUGCAGUCACAGGAUCUCGAGAUGCAACAAUGAGAGUAUGGGAUAUACAAAGAGGCGUUCUAUUGCAUGUUUUGCUUGGCCAUCAAGCAAGUGUACGUUGUAUGGAGAUUCAUGGUAAUACAGUCGUAUCAGGAUCCUAUGAUUAUACAGCAAGAGUUUGGGAUUUACGUACAGGAAGAUGUCUCCAUGUGCUUGCUGGACACUAUACACAGAUUUAUGCUAUAGCCUUUGAUGGACAUAAAGUAGUCACAGGAUCGCUCGAUUCAAACAUUAGGGUAUGGUCAGCAGAAACAGGACAGUGUCUAGCUACCUUACACGGACAUACGUCAUUAGUGGGCCAGUUGCAACUUUCUGGUAAUACACUGGUCAGUGGAGGCUCUGAUGGUUGCUUACGUGUAUGGGAUCUUCAACAUUACGAAUGUACCCAGCAAAUCUCAGCACAUGAUAAUUCUGUUACUUGUCUACAGUUUGACGACAGACGUAUGAUGAGCGCAGGAAACGAUGGAAGGAUUAAAUUAUGGGACAUAAAGUUAGGCCGACUAAUCAGAAAUUUCACAGCACCAGCCAAAACUGUAUGGAAAAUACAGUUUACGGAUACAAAGGCUGUUGUCUUGAUGCAGCGCAGGCGUUCACCCGAUUCUGAAGAAGGCAAGACUGUAAUGGAGGUACAUGAUUUUGAUAUUGAUGAUAUGGAAACAGAAGAGGAGGAUACUUUAUCUGAUAUGGCCAUAGAUAGUUGAAUCCUAAAGAAAAGAAGGAAAUAAAAGAACUAUUUAUUCAAAUGUGCAAUAGUAAAUAUCAGGCGUAUUUUGACGUGAAG